AUGGUGCAAUACUCGCAUGUACCCAACGGUGUAACGCCAAAGAGAGUUGCCAUCUCCCAGGCUGUUUCCAAGAUUUCUCCUGGCAAUAUACGAAAACGAUUGUUAUCAAAACUGUCCGUGUCAAAAAAGCCAAUUGAACCGGUUUCCGGUUAUUUCUCCAAUCUUCCACUCGAGAUUCGUCUCAAGAUUUGGCGCGCUUGUUUCGAACCUCGCCGUGUUACCAUAUGUACACGAUACAAGUACAUCACGCCGAAAUUCAAGCAUGCUGUGUUUGGGAUGUCGGGUCUUUGGGUUCCAGUAAUCAUGUCCUCACACGCGAGUAUGCCCUUAACUCUCUUCAUCAAUCGAGAGAGUCGGUAUGAAACACUUAAAUACUACCCGGACUUGAUUCAAAACCCCACUCUGUUUUGUGAUCCGAUAUACUUUAAUUCGGAGCUUGAUUCGCUCGCUAUCGAAACACUUCAACAGAGAAGCUUCUCGGGAAUCCGUGAUGUUAUCAUCACUUCGUUGAGGUGUCGAGAACUUUGGUGUGUAAAGGAGAAGCAAAUCAAGUCUGAGGUUUCGGAACAACUCAUUGCACUCGGGCUUCUCUCGGAAAGUUUUCGUGAGAUGGUGCGUUGGCUGGUGAUUCCCCGAUGCGUCAUGAAUUCUACAGUUACUUCUGGUAUUGAUCACGGGAAUGACGGGUGGAAUCCCGUAGGCAUUACCCAAUUUAGUAAUUUGAGAACCAUCACAUGUUCAUUUCAUGUUCGUAGUCUCAAGGAGAUUGAGGUUGUACACUUGAAGGAGAGGAGAGGAGAGGAGAGGAGAGGAGAAAUGAAAUUCCGGGAGGAGACAAAGGAAUUUUAA